UAUUAUUAGAUAAAAAAAUAAAAUUAUAAAUAAUGGCUGCAGAAUUUAUGAUAUCAUUUUACCUGAUAAUUAUACUGAGUUUAUGUAUGAAAGUAAUUUUAUUAAAAAAAUCUUACGCAUCACCAGAGCAAGUAUUUGAUCAAAUAUCAUCGUCAUAUAAUUUCCGACCGACAUAUUUAGAAAUAUAUGACCAAUCAAUAAAAUCAAAAUGCGAUCGAUUGAUUGUCAUUCGUCCAUUCGACUGGAGUUUUUGGGCGAUAAAUGGUUACUGUUAUGUUUUAAAUUCACUGAAAGCAUUUGAUUGCCCGAAAAAAAUGACACCGACACUUAUUAUUGAUGCGAUAACAGUCAAGGAAAAAUUUUUAAGCCCUACUUGCUAUCCGAUUGAUUAUAGCAUUGUAUUUAAUGAGUACAAAUCACACGGCCCGCCGAUUAUUAAUUAUUUUAAUAUUGAAGAUGUUAUGAGACUAGGAAAAUUUACUAUUGUUGACGCACUUAAUUACUUAUUUAAAUAUUAUAUUGAAAUAGAUUUGGAUGAAGGAAAUGCACAUCCGUUGAAUAAAAAAAUUGCUAAAUCUUUUACAAAGAAAAGAAAUUUUAUUAAUUAUGAGGAUGCAAAAAAAGUAAAAGAACACAUUCUUGAACACUCUAUAAAAGAGGAACAAGAAUUAAAAAAUAAACGUCUAAAUGCAAGCCGAUAAAAAUUGAAUUUUAAAAAAAAGUUUUGAAAUUUAGUCAAAAUUAUGUUUCAGAUUUUUAUAGUCAUGUUGGUACUUAAAGUAACGCUACUGAGUUUAUUUACAUGAAUAUGAC